GUCUAAAUGAAGCCAAUGAGAAGAAAUCGUUCAUGUUUCUUCGGCAAGAAUUACCCGUCCGGAUCUGCAACAUCAUGAAAGAGAUCAAUCUCCUACCAGAGAAACUCCUCCAAAUGCCUUCAAGCAAAACAGUCAAAUCAUGGUACACACAGUCUUUGGGAGAUCUCUUGAGUAUCGACAGCACAAACGACUCUCAGACAAUGCAACAGUUUACAGAUAAACUGAUAACAAUACGAAACAGGCAUGCAAAUGUCGUUGAGACGAUGGCACAGGGCGUGUUGGAGAUGAGGCAGAGUUACGAAGUUGAACAUUUUGAGGAGAGCACGAUCCAAUACUUUCUCGAUCGUUUCUACCUCUCACGUAUAAGCAUUAGAAUGCUCAUCAAUCAACACACGCUCAUCUUUGGCUGUGCACCCAAUUCACAUUCUACACACAUCGGGAGCAUUAAUCCAAACUGCGAUGUAGUGUCCGUCAUCAACGAUGCAUACGAUGGUGCAAAAUACCUUUGCGAUCAGUACUACCUGGGGUCUCCCGAUGUGAACGAAUGGAUUGAUGGUAAGUGCUUUACUGAUGGCAUCACAAUGGUGUACGUGCCUUCACAUUUAUACCAUAUCUUAUUUGAACUGUUUAAGAAUGCCAUGCGCGCCGUCAUGGAGCAUCACGGUGACUCAGUAACGGACUACCCUAAAAUAUGUUCUAGUCACCAAGGGAAACCAGAUGUCACAAUAAAGUUAAGCGACGAAGGAGGCGGUAUCCCAAGGAGUCAAAUCGACAAGCUCUUCAACUACAUGUACACCACUGCUCCUCAUCCACCCAAGCCGGGCACCACCACCAUUCCUCCAUUGGCUGGUUACGGUUACGGCCUGCCCAUCGCCAGACUUUAUGCCAAAUAUUUCCACGGAGACCUCACCCUGUCUUCGAUGGAUGGCCAUGGCACUGAUGCCGUCGUCUACCUGAAGGUCCUUUCAAGUGAAGCCAAUGAGCUCUUGCCAAUCUAUAACCGAGCAGUGUCUCGUAUGUACCAGUCGACGACCUCCAUCAGUGACUGGAGUUCACCAGCGGGCAAUAUCAGGCCAUUCAGCACGGCCACUAGAAGAAAGCCGUCACCAAUUAAUUAGAGUACCUCAAGAUCAGGGCUCUGCUUAUCGCUGAAUUCUGCACUUACGAGCACCAUUCUCUGCUUACGCGCAAGC